AUGUUGCAAAAUUUAAAGAGCCUCCGAGAGAAGGAACAUGAAAAUAAACUCAAGAAGGAGACUGAGUCGAUAAAAAAAGAAGAAUUCAAAUUACCCCAAUACAAAGAAGUGGAAUCCAAAGUGAAACAGAUCAAAGAACAAGAUUACUCUCCCGAAAAUCCAGUCAAUGAAAAUUAUUUGAGAUCGGGAGCUAUGAAGGAAAGAGUGAGUGAGCAAGCCCUGAAAAAGAAGGAAAUUGCGAUUGAAGUUAAACGAGAAAAAGAGCUGAUUCAACAAGAAUUUAAAAAGCCUGCCAUACCUAAAAAAGAAGCAACUCCACCUCAAAGUGCCCAGCGAGAGGAAAAGAAUUAUCUUGUUCAAAACGCAACCAAAGAUUUGAAAAUGAUGGCAAAAAAGGGAGAACAAAAACUCAUUCAAAAGAAAGAUAACACGGAAUAUGAAAAACCUGAAACAUUUGGAAGAGUUCCCAAGUAUAUUUUGGAAAGAAAAGCAGAAUGGCAGCAACAAGAGGAAAAAGCCAUGGAGGAGCAGCGAAAGAGGGAUGAAUGUCCUCCAGGUAUGAAAUUGGUUUCUGAGCACGAUCGUAUUGCAACGCUAUCAGAAUUGGAACGAAACAAGAAAGAGAUUCAAGGGUCCAUCAACAGGAUGCCUAUUUUGUGUGACACCAUGUCUUUGCAACAGAAGAAGGCACAAUUAGAACGAAAGCUGGAAGAGAUUGAAGACGCUAUUAAAAUCUUUUCUCGAAAAAAGGUUUAUAUUGCAGAAGAUUAA